UAUUAUUCUGAAACCCUAAAAACUGCUGCGCCUAGAGUUACCAGGAUCCUUUGGCGUCACCCAUAAACCCUACAUAGAACCCUAAUUUCAAUCCCAAUCUCAUAAUAUUUUUCAUUCUCCACCGUUUUCAAUGGAGGAAGAGCAAGACCACAAGUUUCCCGAAACCUUCGUCUAUGAAACUCUCAGUCCCCUCGCUCUCUCCGCCGCCGAUUCCCCCGUCUCCGACCACCACGAGCCGUAUUCCGUUUUUCGCAACGAGAUUUCCCUCGACACGCCCCAAUGCGCCUCGGCCAACUCCACCGCCGUCGAUUUCUUCUCCCUCGACGUCGCCGCCGAGGCCUCCGGCCGCGACUCCCUCCCCGAGCCGCCGCUCGCCACCCCCGAGCCGAAGAUGCCGGCUCUCGCGCUCGAGCCGAAGCUGGAGAGCAUCUGGUUCCGCGGGAAUUGCAAAUUCAGGAGCCCCAUGCUUCAGCUGCAUAAAGAGAUAGUGGAUUUUUGUGAUUUUUUGUCACCAACUGCUGAAGAGAAAGCUUCACGGGACUUGGCGGUAGAGUCUGUGUUUGGAGUUAUAAAACAUAUAUGGCCUCACUGCCAGGUGGAAGUGUUUGGGUCAUUCAGGACAGGGCUGUAUCUCCCAACAAGUGAUAUUGAUGUUGUGAUUUUGAAAGCAGGCUUGCCAAAUCCACAGAUGGGCUUGAAUGCAAUUUCCAAGGCCUUAUCACAAAGGGGCAUGGCUAAAAAGAUUCAGGUCAUUGGAAAGGCUCGUGUGCCGAUUAUUAAAUUUGUUGAAAAGAGGAGUGGUGUUGCAUUUGAUAUAAGUUUUGACAUAGACAAUGGACCCAAAGCAGCUGAGUAUAUCCAGGAGGCAGUGGUCAAGUGGCCACCACUGAGGCCCUUGUGUUUGAUUUUGAAAGUAUUUUUGCAGCAAAGAGAACUAAAUGAGGUAUAUUCUGGUGGGAUUGGUUCUUAUGCUCUCCUUGCCAUGCUGAUGGCAAUGUUGCGGAAUCUUCGCCUGAGCCAAGUUUCUGCAGAGCACAACCUGGGAUUCCUUUUGGUGCAAUUUUUUGAUUUCUAUGGACGGAAAUUAAACACCUCAGAUGUUGGUGUGUCUUGUAAUGGGGCAGGCGCCUUUUUUGUGAAGAGUAGCAAAGGGUUUUUAAACAAAGGACGACCAUGUCUUAUUUCCAUCGAGGAUCCACAGGCACCAGAGAAUGACAUUGGGAAGAACUCUUAUAAUUAUUUCCAGAUUAGGUCAGCUUUUUCAAUGGCUUUCAAAAAUUUGACAGAUCCCAAGACCAUCAUGAACUUGGGACCGAACAGGAGCAUCCUGGGCACUAUUAUUAGACCAGAUCCUGUCUUGCUGGAGCGUAAAGGGGGAUUAAACGGGGAUGUGAGUUUUGAUAGCUUGCUUCCUGGUGCUGGUGAGGCAUUAGAACAACAGUAUGGGGAGCAGGAUAUGUUAUGUAAUUGGCAGUUAGAUUAUGAAGAAGAGCCACUACCACGGGGGGAAUUCACUAGUGCAGAGCCAAGCACACGUUCUUCAACAAAGAAGAGAAAAUCUUCAAAGAAAUCUAGUAAGAAGCUAAAGGAAAAUGGGGAUCUUGGAAUGGCGGGGAAUGAGGAGAAUGAUAAUAGAAAAGAAAACAGUAUAAAAAAGAAGAAAAAGAGAAAAACACACCUAUUUGACAGCGGUAAUUAGGACAGAGGCCAGAUACUAGGAGGUUUCUCACAAAAUGCUUGGUGAUUGUUAUUUGAUCAGUGAUUUGAAAGUGAAGGAACGAGGCAGUAUAAGCGUAAAAGCAAAUUUGAGUCCAAUGUCACACCACCCAAGGUGCCAACUUUAUGCUUGCCCAUUGGGGCGUGCCUUUAAUGUAUUGGAGAUCCGGAAUCACAUGCAACAUUUGUUAAAUUUAUUUGUAAUCUGUCCAAUUUUGUUAGAGAAGUGAAGCUACCAACUCUAGAGACCGGGCACCAUUGUAAAAAGAGAAAUAGAUGAGAUUAUGAAAGGAAAAUGACUAAACAAUGGUAAGCUAUAUUGUUUUGUACCAAUAUCAAUGCAAUAACUUGGUAAAUUUGUUAGUUUCCUGUUUUCCCUAUUCUACUAAUGGUGUAUUUAAAAAAUGUUUGGUUGGACGUAAUUCACAUUUUGAUCUUUUGAAUGCA